UAAUUUAUAUAAAAGUGAAUUCUGCAGAUCUCUUGUUCCUCUGAAAUCUCUGGCAUUAGUCCACGAUGUUCCAAGAGUCCAGCAGAAGGAGCUCACCUGCUGCCUUCUCCAGAAUGAAGUUGGUCGCCUGGAUGUGUCUGGCCUGUGCUUCUACAAUGGCGCACCUCCAUCAUGAUCCGACGCUGGACAGCCACUGGAAAUUAUGGAAGAAAACUUACGGCAAACAAUAUAAGGAACAGAAUGAAGAAGUAGCACGGCGACUCAUCUGGGAAAAGAAUCUAAAAUUUGUAAUGCUGCAUAACCUGGAGCACUCAAUGGGACUCCAUUCCUACGAUCUAAGCAUGAACCAUCUGGCUGACAUGACCAGUGAAGAAGUGGCUUCUUUGAUGAGUUCCCUGAAAAUUCCUAACCAAUGGAACAGGAAUGUUACCUACAGACUAAACUCCAAUCAAAAGUUGCCUGAUUCAGUGGACUGGAGGGACAAGGGAUGUAUUACUGAAGUGAAAUAUCAGGGUGCUUGUGGUUCCUGCUGGGCUUUCAGUGCUGUGGGAGCCCUGGAAGCACAGCUUAAACUGAAAACAGGAAAGCUGGUGUCUCUCAGCGCACAGAACUUGGUGGAUUGUUCAACUGAGAAAUAUGAAAAUCGUGGUUGUAAUGGUGGCUUCAUGACUCGGGCCUUCCAAUACAUCAUUGAUAACAAUGGCAUCGAUUCAGAUGCUUCCUAUCCCUACAAAGCUAUGGAUGGAAAAUGCCAGUACAAUCCGGCUAACAGAGCAGCCACCUGUUCACAGUACACAGAGCUACCCUAUGGAAGUGAAGAAGCCCUGAAGGAAGCCGUGGCCAACAAAGGGCCUGUGUCUGUCGCAGUGGAUGCGACUCUCGCUUCUUUCUUCCUAUAUAGAAGUGGUGUCUAUUAUGACCCAGCCUGCACUCAGAAAGUAAAUCAUGGUGUGCUGGUGAUUGGCUAUGGUAACCUGGAAGGAAAGGACUACUGGCUUGUUAAAAACAGCUGGGGCCUCAACUUUGGUGACAAAGGAUAUAUUCGGAUAGCAAGAAACAGAGGAAAUCAUUGCGGGAUAGCUAGUUUUCCUUCUUACCCAGAAAUCUAGAAGAUCUCUUCAUUUCAUGUUUGAUCAGUUAAAAAAGACAGAUGAUACUUUGUUCUGAGUUUAAUUUUACUUCACUUCUACCAAUCAGUAGAAAUAACCAGAAGUGUAUGUUGAAUAGACUUAAAUAUAGUAAAAGCUUCAUUAAUCUA